CCAAGACGAUGUUUACAGUCUCCCAUAGAGAUGAGCUGGAGGAGAAAGGCUACACCAUCAUCCGUAACGCCGUCCCAAACCACGGCCCAGCUGAAAGACGAAUUUUUUGAUUGGAUGAAAUCGAGCUUCGCCAAUGGCGAUGUCCCUUACAGCGUCCACUCCAUUGUUAGAAACUACAGGAUUGGUCACUUGAAACCAGCAUGGGAGGUCCGCUUGCAGGUCAAGAAUAGAUUCGCUGAGUUAUGGGGUACUGACCAACUACUUAGUAGCGUGGGACGCCGUGGCGAUUGGUCAGCCUCCAGAAAUGGGCGUGGAAGAGUUCGACAGCCCGAGCAACCAUGGGCUUACACGUCGACCAAUGCGCGGCCCGGAAAAGGCCUUCACGCAUACCAAGGGGCGGUUUAUUUGGAAACGGCUGACGAGGACGACUGGACGUUUGAAGUUCUAGAAGGUUCCCAUGAACACCUGGAGGCCUUCUAUGCCCAGAACACCAAGGCCGCUAUCCGAUCUGUCAACACAGGACUGUGGAGAAUGAGAGACGAGGACAUUAGCUGGUACCUGCAAUUAGGGUGCCGCAGGAAGCGGGUUCCAGCCCGGGCCGGGGAUCUGCUGCUGUGGGAUUCCAGACUCGUCCACGCUAACGCCAGACCAAUAAAGGGGAGAGAACACAACGACCGGUGGAGGUAG